AUACGCUUUAACAAGAUGGCUCUGUUGUAAUACGGCGAACGAUUUUGCAAAAUAUACAAACAGUAGUCGUGAUCGAUAAGGAUUUUUGCGCUGGUCGAAAUUUGAAAAGGCUAUUUGAGAUUUUAUAUUGCAAGAUUAGGAUGAGCGCUAGACUGCUGAAAGACCCAGCCACAGCCUCCAGUCGUGUUUUUGUGGGUCAUUUACAAAGCGAUGAUGUAACAAAAUUGGAAUUAGAGGAACAUUUCUCUAAAUAUGGCACCGUUAUAGCAUCCUUGAUAAAUAGAGGCUUUGGAUUUGUCCAGUUUGAAGAUGAACACUCCGCUCAGAAGGCUAUUCAAAACGAAGAUGGUGCAAUGUUCAAAGGCAGACGUAUAGAUGUCAGACCUGCAAAGAAAGAUAAUCAAUCCGGAAAUGCGGCAAAUGCUAAUGCAAAGCAAUUCAAUUUUAUGAACAAGCCAUUUAAAAAGGAUCCUUUUAUCCCAAAUAAACCAAAUUUCAUUGGAGGGAACACGAGUUUUAACUCCAAUCAGAACUUUGGGAGUGAUAAUACAUUUGGUAACAACCAGAAAGAUUUCAAUUUUGAUAACAGAAGUGGCGAAAGUAUUCACUUUGAUGAUGGGAAUCAGGCUAGAGAUGAUGAAAAUGACCAGUUUAAUGGAAAACACAGUAAUAAUAACAGUGGAAACGACCACUUCAGCAAUCUUCAAAAUCGAGGAAACAAUCAAUUCAAUUUAGCUAAUCGCGGGCCCGAUCAGUUUGGAAACCAAAACAGAGGGAAUAGUAAUCAAUUCGGGAAUAAUCAGAACCGACCUGGGUCAAAUCGAAAUCCAAUUAAUCAGGGAAAUAACCAAAACAUUGGUCCAGGAGGUACCGGAGGAGGUGCCUUCAAAACACACAUAAGAGGCAUAAGAGGUGGAAAGAAUAAAAGCAAAAAUAAUCACAGCAACACGAACGUGAACAGUUUCAGAGAUCGGAGCCCGAUCAAUAGAGGCAGUCGAAUAGACGACAAGACUAAUAGAGACUGGGAUCUCAAGCAGGGAGAUAGGCGCGGUAGUAAUUUCGGCAGUUCGUUCAGCGAUAACGGUAACCGUUACGACGAUUUCAAAACUUCCGGAACUUCCAGAGACACGAACGCGAGUUUCGGAAGCGGGAGCGCCUCGUCUGAUUAUCUCGCGGCCGAGAAGAACGACUGCGAAAUUAUCGUUGUCAACAAGGCGUUAACAGAAUACGCGGAGGCCAUCGAAUCACGCCUGAAGAAGAUCGGUUUAUCGGUAGAUCUGUUGUUCCCCAAUGAAGAUGUCUUCUUGAGUCGUGUGUUGGGAAACCUCGCGAGUCGUGGUUGCCUAUACGCCGUGGUAGUCACACUCAUCAAUCAAGAGCACCAUUCUCUGACACUGAACAUCUUGCACGGCUUGCCGCAAGAACACAGGAACAUGCCCCUUGAGGAUGCCAUAAACUUGAUUUCGAGAGAUUUCACGAAUUAUAAAGCCGGCGGACGUUCGGUGCCGCUGAACGCACCGUUAGCGAACGAACGUCAUCCGGACGCCAUACAAGUUCUCCUGAAUAUGCUGGCCGAUAAUCAUCAGCUCACGGUUCUGCAGUACGAUCGUGUCAUAAAGUACCUCGAUAUGAAGCGGGAGGAGCAGGUGCAGGUGGAGCUGGGCGACGCGAAGGACCUGCCUGUGACGUCGCUCACAGUCAACGACCCGAAGCAAGCAGAGUUGCAGACAAGAAUACUGAACAUCUUGAACAGCAGUAAAACUAACACAUCAGCGAACGAUCCCACGCCAGUGCCAGCGCCAACCUCUGUACCGACUCCGGUGCCUUCAGCUAGCUGGGGAACAGCAGCAUCGAACACUGCCACUACGUCAUCUACAACAACCACUUCCACCGGAGUCUCACCGUCGCCCCUACUAAACGAUCCGACAGUUCAGAAAGCUCUCGACAGUCUGUUGCAAGGAAAUCUGUUGAAAAACAUCGGAGACCAGCAAGCACCCGCGACCACCGCCCCGCCACCGUUGUUCGCAGCUUUCUCCAAUAUCGGCAGAUUUUAAUCGCACCGCCGAUUUUAUUACAUCGGGAACUUUUAACCUUUAGGAUUUCUUUAUAUAUAUUUUUGAUUUUUAUUCGGUAUGUGUAAUAUGCAAUUACAAAAGAAAGAAAAAGAAAACUUAUCGAUAAGGAAAACGUCGAAGUUACAUGCCGGACAUAAUGAAUAAUAUUUUAGUACAUUGUAUAUUACUCGUGUAAAAUGAUAAAUUUAAGACGAAAAAAUUCAUUACUUUACUUCAUAAAAUACAGCAGUUGUGAUUCGUGUCGAUUAAUGUUACUAUCUACGUCAUCGAUAGUAUUACAUACAUUUUUCUCCGCAUAGAAACGAUUCUACAUUUAAACAGCUGAAUAUAUUUUUAUUUAGACAUUGCACGUUAUUUAUUAGAAAUACUUCAUAUAAACACAAACACGAAUGCUUUACGUGGACAAAUCUAAUCAUACAAUAUAUAUUCAUACACACGUAAACACACAUAUACGCAUAUGUGUGAAAAUAUUUUGGUUUACAAAAGUGAAAGCCUGCUUUGUCGUUGAAACAUUUUUAUGUAAAAAUCAGUUUUUAUACAGUUUAGAGGGAUAAGUGUUAGGAUAUAAUAUUACGUAUGCGCAAUAUAAUUAAGGACACGAUCUUUUAUUGUAUUGAAGCUAUAUACUUUAAUCGUCGUGUUUCUAUACUGAA